GCCUAGAGAGGCGUCGCCCGCGCCGGGCUGGUUAACGGAAGUUUCCCGCGUUGCGGGGAGGAAGAACUUGGAAGUGCAAUGCCACAGUCGGCUGGGUUCUGGCGUGACUCGCUUUCCCGGGCGGCAUGUCAGCGCUCCCUCCCCGUAUCCAGAAGCUCGGGCCACCGGGGCCCUCCUGAAGCUGCGCAGCUGCUGCGCGGCCUUGGAACCCCUUGCCCGCUUAGCUUCUAAGGUUUUACCAAGCCCAGAGGACAGUACCCGAAGCCAAGGGACAGCAGUUAUGCUCCAAGCAACUUGGCCCCAGAAGCCAGUGACCUUCGAAGAUGUGGCUGUGUUCUUCACCCAAACUCAGUGGGCCAGCCUGGACCUGUCCCAGAGGGCCUUGUACAAGGAGGUGAUGCUGGAGAAUUAUGCAAAUUAUGUGACUACCCUGGCAUUUCCUUUUCCCAAACCUGUUCUAAUCUUGCAACUGGAGAAAGGAGAAGCACCAUGCGGCCCAGACCCCUGGGAAACAGAGGUUUUGAAAGACAUUUCUCCAGCUGAAUCCCAGCUCAACAAAGAAGAGCCAACUAGGAAGCAGGAAGCCUCUAGAGAAACAGACUUGCCCAGAAGGCCAGUAAAAGGAGUCUUCAGAAAUGUUGCUGGCAAGGAAACGUGGCAGACGUUCAGUUUGAAUCCGAAUCUGAUCCUGCGAGGUGGAAUGAAAUUCUAUGAAUGUAAAGAAUGUGGGAAAAUCUUCAGAUAUAACUCAAAACUUAUUCGGCAUCAAGCGAGCCACACUCGAGAAAAGCCCUUCAAAUGUAAAGAAUGUGGCAAAGCUUUCAAAUCCAGCUAUGACUGUAUUGUUCAUGAGAAGAAUCAUAUUGGAGAAGGGCCUUAUGAAUGUAAGGAAUGUGGCAAAGGUUUGAGUUCCAACACGGCCUUGACUCAGCAUCACAGGAUCCACACUGGUGAGAAGCCCUAUGAAUGUAAGGAAUGCGGAAAGGCCUUCCGAAGAAGCGCCGAGUACCUGCAGCACCAGCGGUUACACACAGGGGAGAAACUGUAUAAGUGCAAGGAUUGUUGGAAGGCUUUUGGUUGUAGGUCGCUUUUCGUGGUCCACCAGAGGAUUCAUACUGGGGAGAAACCCUACCAGUGUAAAGAGUGUGGCAAGGCAUUUACUCAGAAGAUCGCCUCCAUUCACCAUCAGAGAGUUCACACCGGAGAGAAGCCUUACGAAUGUAAGGUGUGUGGGAAAGCCUUCAAGUGGUACGGCAGUUUUGUUCAGCAUCAGAAAUUGCACCCUGUGGUAAAGAAGCCCAUCAAGAAGCGUGAGCCACGCCCAGACAGUCCUCAGUGUCCUGCUUCAGCCUGCCCUCUUGUUCCAGUCCAGAGUCCGUGCUCUGCUCCAGCUGUGGCCGUGCCUUCAUUGACCUUUGCACAUGCUCUGCUGCUUCCUACAUCUGGGCCACUGUUCAUGCUACUUCCCCCGUCUGGAAUCGGUUCUUCACCUCUCCAAGUAGUCCACGUCCUGCAGGCUGUUUCUCCUACUGUCAAGCCUCCUCCCUUUAUUUUGACCCCUUCUCACCCGUCUUGAGCAUUGACUUUAGCUUUUGACUGAAGGCUUUUAGCAAAUUCCCAACCUAAUUUGAACACACACAUUUUUUUUUACUCACAUGUUUUAUACUUGUUUCAGAUGAAUUUUUCUCUUUCUCUUUCUAUUUUGAAGCCACACCCAGUGUUGCUUCCUGGGGAUAUUUCCAGCUCAGUGCUUGGGAGCUGCUCUGGGUGGUACCAGAGGAUCAAACCAGGCCUCCCACAUGCAGAACAUGUGCUUGCCCAUGGGGCUACUGGCCUCACAGAUACCAUGUUUAAAGGCCAUACUUUCAUAUUUUCUCCUUUCCUGAGUAUAAAAUGCAUCAGUCCCUUUCCAUCUGAUCUACAAUGACUGUCUGCACCGUGGUGCUGCUAGUGUUGAAAGUGGGCACAUUGCUGUGUGAGACAGUUUGGGAGUGAGUCUAUCCCUGUAUUGGGCCAUGGUGUCUAGACAGAAACAACCAGGGGGAAAUGGGAGAGGCAUACAUUGUUCAUGGGAUUUGAGAAUUGGAAUAUACAUUCUUCAGUGGAUUUUGUGCCAGUUUAGUGGACUAAAGUAAUAUAUUAAUGCAAAUGAAUUUGUAUUGCCCUUGGCAGAGAUUGUUGGGGAUUGCAUAUGUUUCCGCAAAAGAUAUGCAAAAAAACUAGUAAAGAGUAGUAUGGAUAUUUUUUAGGAGUAUGACUCAGUGAUAGAGCAUGUUCUAUUCAUGUAUGAGACCCUGGGCUCAAUCCUUGGCAACCAAGAAAAAAUAAAGUAUGCAGGAAAGGCAAACAUUUGCCUAGUUUGACAGUCUCUUCUUUAAAAAUGAAGAUUUUUUUCUCUUUAGCUUUGCUCUUAAUACCUUAUUUUGGUAUUUUGUUUAUUUAAACUUUUUUUUUCCUAAGAAUAUACUAUUGUGUUCCUCUUUGUUCCAUCUGCUUAAACUUUUCUUGGUGGGCAUUUUGUCUUUCUAUGUGGCUACUACA